AUGGACAUGCCUUUCGAUGUUAGUGAACCUCAAGUUGAAGGACACGACGGCUUUGCCAGAUUCUACUGGAAACAUGACGAACAAUUGCAUCCUUUGAGAAGGAAAAAAGGGAAGGGUGAAGACAAACAUGCUCCCAUGGAAAGAACAAGAUAUGCAUAUGAGAAGUAUCGUGAAGUUAGAAGUCAAAUUACAUCUGGUCGAACCUUUACAGUAAACUUUGACGAAGGAAAGAACAAAGAAGGCUUCAUGGGUGUACUUGCUGCAAUUCAAGAUGGAAAUAAGAAAGGAUACAAUCUCAGAUUGACCAUAACAGAUUUAGAUGGUCAUAUUUACUAUGCACAUGGCAAUGUCACAACAGCUGCAAUGCUUCUUGACGCUUUCAAGACUACAAAGAGAGAACAAAUGGUUGACUCCGACUCAGACAUUUUGAAUGCAAUUGAAGGAAUUGCAAGUGUCAAGUUCGAAUGGUACCAACCUAACCCUCAAGCAGUCAGACAACAUGCUGGAUACUUCCCCUUCAUAAAUAAGUCUGACAUUGACUUGACAAGGUAUGGAAUUUACAAUUCAAUUGAAACAAUUGUCAAUGAACCUUGUAUUCUUACAUGUCUCAGGAACUCUGGUCUUGUUACAGAUGAGAAGAUGAAGUAUCUUGAGUCAUGUGUGAAGACAAGAUACAUUCUUAGAGGUCAAUUGGCAAAAAUUGCACCGUUGGCAAAUGUCAAUAUCCGAGUCAACAUUCCGACUGAGAAAGGUUCUUCACACGACGACUAUGUUGUUGACAAAGACUUACCAUGGUUGAAGAUUGUAAUUGUCCACAACCACUUCAUGUUGAACGAAAGUCUUAUGUUCGGAAAAGGCAAGUGCAACAUUGUCAGAGCUGUUAACAUUCUUUUCGAGAAAGGUUUGUUGGAACCAAUUCCAGAUGACAAGCUGACAGAAACUUUUGUACCAAAAGACGAAACAAACUUUUCAUUGUUAGCAAGACCAAAAGUUGUUCCAGACAAAGUUCUAGUACAAAAGAAGUACACA